AUGGCACAGGUAAAACCGGCCAGAACCAUCAAAACACCCGUCAGGGCAGCAAGCACUCCUUCCAUUACUCCUAAGCAGACCCAAUAUACCAGGUGGAGCGCAAAGGCAGGCGCCAACAUCAGCGUGGUAUACCUUGCCCGCAAUAUCAAAGACAACAACAACGCACCGGGCUAUUGCGGAGGCCUUAACUACGAGAUCAAUAAUUUCAUCCGUGUUUCCACGCUGUACAGCUAUUUCCGUCCCAUCAACAUCGAACCGACCUGGCUGAAUGUAAGGGCAAGCACCACCGAAAUGAACCUCGAAAUGGUGGCUCACUUCCCCAAUAAAAAAACCUUGCUCUAUCCUUUUGUAGGCGUGAGCUACAAUACAAUACUACGCGGUGAACACGGUCGUAAGGAACCGCUGGGUGGGCCUCAACCUCGGUACCGGUAUUGA